UACUACUAACAAAAAAAUUUAAAUCUUAAUUUCCACACAAGACAUGCAACACACCAAGAAGAAGAAAAAAACAUGAACAAACUUUGGUUCUUUUUUCUCUUUACAAUUUUCUCCUUAAUCCAAAAAGCCAACUCCCAAGUUAACACAAUAACAACUUCACAACAUCUGAAAGAUGGUCAAACAAUAACAUCAUCAGAUGGAACAUUUGAACUAGGAUUCUUUUCACCAAGCAAAAAGAACAGUUCAACAAAUCGUUAUGUUGGUAUUUGGUACAAGAAAAUAUCAGCUUUUACACCAGUAUGGGUUGGUAAUAGACAAAAUCCUGUUAAGGGUAUGUCUGGAAUCUUGAAAGUUGUUGAACCAGGUUAUCUUGUACUGAUUAAUGAUGUUACUAAUGACACUGUUUGGUUGACUAAUAGUUCAACAAGUGUGAAAAAUCCAGUUGCAAAGCUGUUGGAUACAGGGAAUUUAGUGGUUAAAGAUGUAAAUGAUGAUGAUGAGUACUUGUGGCAAAGUUUUGAUUAUCCUAGUGAUACUUUGUUAGCAAGUAUGAAACUUGGAAGAAAUUUGGUGACUGGUUUGGAAAGGUAUCUUACUUCAUGGAAAAGCGACGAUGAUCCUGCUCCUGGAGAGUAUACAUAUCACUGUGAUCCUACAGGUUAUCCACAGGACCUAAUGAGAAAAGGGCCUAACGUAGUUUAUCGAGCAGGUCCAUGGAAUGGUCUUAGGUGGAGUGGAGCACCAAACAUGGUGAACAACUCAGUCACCUCAUUCGGGCUAGUCAUGAACAAUCAAGAAAUUUACUACAAAUACGAAUUAGUAAACAAAUCCGUGAUUACAACUUUCGCACUAAGGCCUAAUGGUGAUGCGAUGCGUAUGAUUUGGGUGGAAAAGCAAGAGGGUUGGGUUAACUACCAUUCCGCGGAUGCAGAUCAUUGUGACACUUACGGAUUAUGUGGUGCAUAUGGCACUUGCACAAUCUUUAGCGAUCCUGUCUGUCGUUGUUUGGAUAAAUUCGUUCCAAUGCAUCCGGAUGAUUGGAACCGGGCUGACUGGUCCAGUGGUUGCGUACGAAAUCAUCCACUGAAUUGUUCAGAAGAUGGAUUUAUAAAGUAUUCUGGUGUUAAAUUGCCAGAUACUCGGUAUUCUUGGUUCAACGAGACUAUGACACUCGACGAAUGCAAGGUGGUUUGCUUGAGAAAUUGUUCGUGUAUGGGAUAUACUAAUUUGGACAUCAGCAACGGGGGAAGUGGGUGCUUGCUAUGGAUCGGGGAGCUCGUUGACCUCAGACAGCUGUCGGAAUCAGGACAGGAUAUCUAUAUUCGGAUGGCUGCUUCGGAGAUAAGUUUUAACGAUGGAUCAAGUCGAAAGAAAAGUGUUGUACUUGCAAUAGCUUUGCCACUAUUGAUUACAACGGUUCUUGUAGUGGUAGUAGUAUGCCUGGUUCUUCGUAGACAGAAAAAGAAAGCGGAGAAAAUGCUCGUAGAAAAGGAGAGACUGAAUCACAACAACAACAAAGAUAAUCGCAGUCAAAUUCUCCGAGAAGCUUUUGAGCUACCGCUCUUUGACUUGUCCACGAUAAUGAAGGCUACCGAUAACUUUUCACUUGAGAACAAGAUCGGAACAGGCGGCUUUGGGAAAGUUUACAAGGGCGUGCUAGAAGAAGGACAGGAAGUAGCUGUCAAGCGGCUCUCAGAAACGUCUAGACAAGGAAACGAUGAGUUCAAGAAUGAAGUCAUCUGCAUCGCAGAACUUCAGCAUCGAAAUCUCGUGAAGCUUCUUGGAUGCUGCAUUGAAGAAGAAGAGAAGAUAUUGGUAUACGAAUACAUGCCCAACAAAAGCCUGGAUCUAUUUAUAUUCGAUCAAACACGAAGCACAUUGCUUGAUUGGCCUAAGCGUUUCAACAUUAUCAAUGGUAUCGCUCGAGGGCUUAUGUACCUUCAUCAAGAUUCUAGGCUAAGAAUCAUCCAUAGAGACCUUAAAGCUAGCAAUGUCUUGCUUGAUAUUGACAUGAACCCGAAGAUAUCAGAUUUCGGGAUGGCUAGAAGUUUUGGAGGGAAUGAGACGGGAGACAAUACAAGUCGAGUGGUUGGAACAUACGGUUACAUGUCCCCGGAGUAUGCAGUCGAUGGGAUUUUCUCAGUAAAAUCAGACGUUUUCAGCUUUGGCGUAUUGGUACUAGAAGUUGUGAGCGGAAAGAAGAACAGAAGAUUCAUUCAUCCGGAAUACAAUCUCAACCUCAUUGGACAU